AGGCGGCCCUUUGUGCGCGUGACAAGCGGGAGGGGCGGAGCUCCGUCCGGCGGAGGAGCUGACCGGAAGUGCCUCUGUACCGUGAGGAGACCCGGAGGAAGCGGCAGCAGUGGCGGCCCGCUGAGGUAAUUGAGGAUUGAGCAAAGUGUGCUGCAGCCCAGCCGAGAUCCACUGGUUGCAGAAUGUCGUCUGAUGUAACAGAGGCGCUAGAGGAGCCUGAAAAUCUCUCCUAUGAGGAGCUGGAGGAGGAUGACAAUGUGAGCGCCACAGACUUGUCUGAGCUGCUCAAGGAAGGGACCAAGGAAUCGCAUGAGCGGGCUGAAAACACUCAGUUUGUCAAGGAUUUCCUGAAAGGGCGCAUCAAGAGGGAGCUCUUCAAGCUGGGCACCGUGGCCCUGUACUACACGUACUCUGCCCUGGAGGAGGAGAUGGAGCGGAACAAGGACCAGCCGGCCUUCACCCCUCUCUACUUCCCCCUGGAGCUGCACCGGAAGGAGGCCCUGAUGAAAGACCUGGAGUAUUUCUACGGGGAAGGCUGGCAGGAGAAGGUCCAGUGCUCUGAGGCCACCCAGCGCUACAUUGACCGCAUCCGGCAUGUGGGGCAGCAGGAGCCCGAGCUGCUGGUGGCCCAUGCCUAUACCCGCUACAUGGGGGACCUGUCAGGGGGGCAGGUGCUGAAGAAGGUGGCCCAGCGGGCACUGAAGCUGCCCAGCACCGGCGAGGGGGUCCAGUUCUACAUCUUUGACAACAUUUCCAACCCCCAGCAGUUCAAGCAGUUCUACAGAGCCCGGCUCAAUGCCCUGGACUUGGACAAGGGGACCAAGGAGAGGAUCGUCGAAGAGGCCAACAAGGCCUUCGAGUUCAACAUGCAGGUGUUUGAGGAACUGGACAAGAUCGGGGCUUUGUUAGCGGAAGAAGCCCAAGAGGGGGGCCUCCCUGUGCAUGAUGGGAAAGGAGACCUGCGCAAGUGCCCGUACUACGCCACCAAGCUAGGCACUGCCGAAUGCUCCAGCUGCCCCUACGACAUGGCCUUGGCUCUGCUGAAACUGCCCACCGUCCAGCUGGUCCUGGCGGCCUGCUUUGCUGUCGCCGCAGGAGUUGUGGCCUGGUACGUGAUGUGAGGAGGCAGCGCACUCCGCUGCUGCUUCCUGGUGACGGUGGCACUUACUUGGCGGGACUCUGGAUGUUUCCCACUGACUCAGGUGGAAUGAUUUAAUUAAGAAACCAUUAAACCCAAAUGCACAAGGAAUGAGCGAAUGGGGGAGAUGCCUGCCUGCCUGUCUGUACAUGAGCGGUGUUUCGGUGGGUUAGCUAGCAAGAUGGCACUAGAGACACUCCCCCUGGGCUGCUUGCUUGGCACUGCGCUUUGUUGAAUACCAAAGCCCUGGGUGGAGCCUGGCAGCUCGUUCCCAGACCCACAACUCCCUACCCACCUUUGCCUUGCGCAGGUGGAGGGGGAGGUCUGGGGGCUACCAUGGGUGGGACCAAACAAUUUGCCUCCUUGCAAGGGGAGGCAGGGAGGGGGCAGGAAGCGCCCUGCCCCUUCCGCUUCCGCUCAUGGUGGUCUCCAACUUUGUGGCAUUCCAGGUACAUAGUAGACGAACUGCAAACUUUCAGUAACCGUCUUGUACAUAAGAGAAAUGCUAACGGUUUAGUUUCCCUGUAACUUAUGGACUGUGUUAACGACUCGGAAAUAAUAAAAUUUAUACUUCAGUGUCUUACAA